GGUGAAUGUUCCCCUCGUAGCUCAAUUUCUUCAAUAUCCCCUCGUUCAACUUCCCCAUCAACCUCUACAACAAUAUUACCCCAUGCAUUAUCUAAAUUUCAAUUCCCUCCAUCUCGUUUAGCCUCUAUGGAACGUUGGAAUGCUGCAUUUAAACAAUCAACUAGUUCUCAACCAGACCACCCAACAACGUCAACUACUUCAACAUCUCAUCAAACUAGACAACAAUCUGUAGGAUUGUUAAGAAUGCCUUCGUUUGCUGGAACUCAACCAAGCCGUCAUGGAAGGCAAAGAAAAUUAACCAAAAGAGUAGUACAAAUGUUAAAUGAAUCAAUGCCUAAACCACCAGAACAUGGACCUGCUUUAAUUCGUCAACAGCAAGAAAAAAUUCGAAGACGUCAAAGAAGGGGAGGAGGUGGAAAAGAUGACAACGUUGAAGAGGAAGGUGGUGGUGGAGAAGUGGCAGAUGAAGAUGAAGGAGACGAAUCUUUUGAUGAGGCUGAUGAAGAAGGCGAAGAGGAAACGGAUGAUAGAGCUUGGUGUUAUUGCAAACAGGUGUGUGUAAAAAUUUUUUGGUUGGGAAUAAGUUGUCCUAUUUGGGCAGUAAAACUUUCUCUUAAAUUUUUAAAAAUUAAUUGGCUAACCAAAAUUAAUAUGAAUAACCUUUAA